AUGCAGUUCUCUCUCUCCGCUAUCGUUCUCGGCCUCGCUGCCACUGCCUACGCUCUUCCCCCUGCCGCCGCUGUCGGUGGGACCGGUACUGCCAACGGUAUUGCCAACAAGGGCAACACCGACGUUCGCUUCCCUGUCCCUGACAACAUGACUGUCAAGCAGGCUCAGGCCAAGUGUGGUGACCAGGCCCAGCUGUCUUGCUGCAACAAGGCCGUCUAUGCCGGUGACACCACCGAUAUCAACUCCGGUAUCCUCGGCGGUACCCUCAGCAACCUGAUCGGUUCCGGAUCCGGUGCCUCUGGCCUUGGUCUCUUCGACCAGUGCUCCAAGCUGGAUCUUGCCAUCCCUAUCCUCAUUGGUAUCCCCAUCCAGGAUCUCAUCAACCAGAAGUGCAAGCAGAACAUUGCCUGUUGCCAGAACUCUCCUUCCAGCGCCAACUCCGACCUCGUCGGUGUCGGCCUCCCCUGCAUUGCCCUUGGCUCCAUCAUCUAA